AUGAAUUGCAGUCAUUAUCUCAUGGGUGAAUCGCCUCACAACAUUUCAGUAUCCGUUCACAUGCCACCUUUUACUUUCAUUACAUCUUUUUACGAUCCGCCACUGUCUUCUGUGUCGGUCUCAAACAAUAGCACCGACACGGUCACACCCGUUACUAGAGCCAAGGCUAUGACAAGAACAGCUUUGCCAGAUGGAUGCCGUGAGCAAGCUCCGAUGGUGCAGGCAUUUUUUGAAGCAUUGGGCGAAACGUUGGAAAACUUCGGCAAAACAAUAUUCGGGGAGUAUACACCCAACAACGCCACUAUUCCCCACUGGGAGCCGGAGCCUACCCGUCGUGGGACUUUUGGCAUUUUAUCAGCAUGCAUUAUCACGCUGGGCCUUUGUGUGUGGACAGCCAUACACCUGAAUGUUCCUAGACAUGACGAAGGACCUUUGAAUGGACCUUUGAAGGUUACUAUACGGAAGGUUGGAUUGAUAAUAAUGGGUCUUUUAUCUCCGGAACUGAUAAUCUACAUAGCAUUUCUACAGUACAACAAGGCAAAAUCCGUCGUCAAAACAAUGAAUUCCGAUAUCAACGACUCCGCUUCGAAAACAACCUCUUGGAAAGCUAUAAUAUCUUGGUUUGGUCGGUUGGGAAGGAAAGACACCGAUAAUGUAGAGGCAAGUUGUCUUUGUCACACGGACAUAUGCCAC